UACAAUAACAACAACAACAACAAUUAACAACAAGAUUAAUAAGUUUCUUUAAAAAUUAACAUUAGAAAAUAAAGUUUUUCCUAUUGAAAAAGUUUUCGUGGAUAUCUUAAAGUUUGCCAAUACUUCACAACAAUCAAAAUGAUGAUCUACAGUUAUCUCGCUUUCUUCCUUCUCAUCUCAAGCCAAAUGUUAGUCUCAUCCGCCGAAGAGGAAUACGCCAUUGAAGAGACUGACAGCGAGUUCGAUGAUGGUCAAACCGAUAUUGCUUAUGUCCGAGAGAGACGAGACUUAGCCGCCGCUGAAUCAGGUAUCGGUGGUACUGGUGCUGGUGCUGGUGCUGGAUACAAAGCAGGAAAGAAGGGUGGAGCUGCUGCUGGAUUCAAAGCUGGUGGUAAAGGAGCUGCAGCUUUCAAGGCUGGUAAAGCCGGAAAGAAAGGAGGUGCUGCCUAUGGUGCUGCAGGAGCUGCUGGUGCAAAGGGAGGUAAAAAGGCCGCCAAAUUCGGUGCCGCUGGUGCUUAUGGUAAGAAAUUCGGUAAGAAAGGUGGCUUCGUAAAGAAGGGAGGUGCUGGUUACAACAAGAAGUUCGGUGCUAUCAAAACUUUCGGAAUGGCCCAAGGAUUCAAAUUCGGUAAAGCCGCUGGUUAUGGUGCUGCUGGUGGUGCUGCUGGAGCCGCUGGUAAGAAAGGUGGAUUUGCAGGAGCAGCUGGUGCAGCUGGAUACAAGGGAGGCAAGAAAGGUGGAGCAACUGCUGGAGCUGCAGGAGCUGCAGGAAAAGCCGGAGGAUAUGCUGCCGCUGCAGGAAAAGCUGGCGCAGCUGCUAAAGCUGGAGCCGCCGCCGCCGCUGGUGGUGUUGGUAAAAAGGGCGCUGGAGCUGGUCUCAUUGGUUAAACUAAUGGUGCCAUUUACUAAAUCAAGUCAACCUCAUCAAUUACACUCAGAGAAACUUUUAAUUCAAAUUUUUACUUUUUUUACCUUUCACCUUAAUCGUUUUAUUUUUGUUUACUUUUGAUCUUUUUUUCCUGAUAUCUGAUUAUUUGCUCAAGAAAUAAUAACAGAAUCAAACAAUUAACUUUUUUGUUUAAAAUUCAAACGAAAACAAUACAAUUGAUUUUGUUAAAAAUUAGCCAAUUUUAUAAGUAAUUAGAUCUAAUUGUUAAUAGUAUAGAAUCCAUUUGAUCAGCAGAAACUUACAGAAAACAAUCAGUUUAAUCAACAAGUCACCUUAACUUUCCUUCAAUAUCUCACUGAAUGUAAAUCAAAAUUGUAAUCAUUAGGCUUUUAAUUGUUAGAAAUGUAAAAAAGACACCAAUUGUUAAUUGUUAACCUAUUCCUUUACCUUUCACCUUAAUUGCAAUCAUGAAAAAAUAAAAUUGUUUAUAGUUUUACAACUAAUAUAA